AUGAUGCUCGGGGGUGUUAACGAACAGCUGUUUCCAGAUGGCAGAAUGAUCACAAAAAAUCAGAAGUUAUUGCAAAAUAAAAUUUUAAUUGAUUAUGGGACUCAAACAAAUCCUUUGGAAUAUGAAAAAGGAUCUUCUCAAGAUUGGAAUAUUAGCGAUGAUAAAACUUCAGCUAGUAUUAGACAACAAGUUAAAGAAGUAGCUGAAUCAGCUUUGUUGCAAACUGGUUUUGUUUAUGAAGAAACCUCUGGUUUAUAUUAUGAUUAUAACAGUGGCUAUUAUUAUGAUGCGAAACAAGGUUUAUAUUAUGAUGGUAAUACGGGUACAUAUUACUAUUAUGAUGAAACUAAUGGGACAUAUCAGUUCCAUAGCCAAGCACAAGUAACUAUGAAUGAAGCAGCUGCACAUGUGCAAAGCAAGAAGGAGCAGAAAACUAGAAAGGCAAUUAAGGUUUCGGAUGACAUACAUGAAUUAAUAAACGGCCUUUCAAACAUAACAAUAGAAAAAUACAGGCGUCAAGCUCUAGAACAGUUGGAAGAUGAUGAACUUGAGGAGGGUGAAUGUUCAAGCAACGAUAACGACAGCAUUUCUAAUGACAUUACUCCAGAAUUAUGUACUAGUAGUGACAGUGACCAUGAAGAAGACCAAGAUAUAGCAAAAAUUUAUCCACCAUGCAUGCGAAUUAUAGUUAAAGAAACCAGUCUACCAAAAUUAAAAGUUGGAAGUCUUUUUCUCGUUGCGUAUACGGGAGGUUCAAUUGGUCGAGAAGGUGAUCAUUGCGUAGUUAUUUCGGAUAUAAACAUCAGUAAACAUCAUGCUCGAUUUGUAUAUAACGAAGAUAAAAAAAUGUACGAAAUCAUAGAUUUGGGAUCAAGAAAUGGUACGUUUUUGAACGGUAAAAGAUUAUCCGUGGCCAAACAGGAAUCUGAACCUUUCGAAAUUUCACAUGGUUCGAUUAUACAAGUUGGUGUUACGAAGUUACUGUGUCAUAUUCACAAUGGAAAUGAAACUUGUGGUCAUUGCGAACCCGGACUCGUUCAACAAAGCAAUAACGCAGAAGAAAACAAAGCUUCCAAAAAAGAGCAACAUAAACAAGAGUUAAAACGAUUAAAACAUAAAUUUGGUGUAGACAAGGACAACAUUGUGUCUGCCAGUCAAGUGGCGUCGGGGUAUCAAGAUAGAGCGCAAAGCAGAAGACAGUGCAUUGGUUCUUCGAAUCAUCAUGCUAAAACGCAACAAAGUUCAAUGGAAACAUCCAUAGCGAAGGAUAACAGAGGAUUCAAGCUUUUAUCAAAAAUGGGCUGGUCCGAGGGACAAUCGUUGGGGAAAGAAGGAAACGGGCCUACUGAACCGGUAUCUUUGACGAAUAAUCCGAGCAAAACCGGUCUCGGCGCAACGAGCGAAUUUCCUACAAUCGAACUAGAUUCUACGACGGAAAAGAAGCAGGCGUUAUGGCGAAAGACCCAGCAACGUUACAAAGAAAUAACCGACCAUGCGAAAUAAUUGCACCGUCAACGUUCGUUAAGGAGCGAGAGAGAAAAAGGAGAAAAAAAAAGAGCGCUCGAUUUGCAUUGCACAUGAUUUUUCAUCGUCUGUCACGGUAAGAGGCGAAGACAAUUACACGUUCACCAGCCUCGAAUCUCAUUAGCUACAACGUGCGAAACGGGGAGAAUUUUUGCAGAAUAACACCGACGGAUUAAAUUGCCGGGCAUUAAACGGCGCAAAGUUGUAUCGUAACGAUUCAAAUACUAGAAUUAUUUAUACCGCUUGUCAACUUGUACAUAGAGAGAGAGAGACAGAGAAGGAAUACGCAAUUAGUACAAAGUAAUGUAAGAAUAAGA